ACGCUAGAAUCUGCGGUCGCGUAAGCAUUUCGGGCAUAAACCCUCUACCCCGCUCCCCAUCGUUGAAAGCUGCGGCGAGAGCUCACGCAAGCGCAUUUUAGCACCCGCAGCUCGCCAUCAUGCCCACCGUAAGCGUAGGACGGGAUCGCCUUUUCGCCGCCCUUGGAAAAUCCUACACUCAGGAAGAGUUUGAAGAGCUCUGCUUCGACUUCGGAAUCGAGCUCGAUGAUGUUACGACGGAGAAAGCAAUUAUUAGGAAAGAGAAGCACUUGGAAAACGAGGAAGAGGAAGGGGAUGAGGAGGUGAUUUACAAGAUUGAGGUUUCCGCGAACAGAUAUGAUUUGCUUUGUCUUGAAGGGCUCGUGCAAGCCCUUCGCAUUUUUAUUGGAUCUGACAAGAUUCCCGAGUAUAGAGUGGUUGACAUUCCGAUCAAAUCCAUGCUUAAAAUGCAUGUAAAGCCAGAGACGUCCUCCAUUCGCCCCUUCAUCGUUUGUGCUGUUUUAAGAGGAAUAACAUUUGAUGAAGCACGAUAUAAUAGUUUCAUUGAUCUUCAAGAUAGGCUCCAUCAGAACAUUUGUCGGAGGAGAACUCUAGUUGCUAUUGGGACUCAUGAUUUGGACACAAUACAAGGUCCUUUUACGUAUGAGGCUUUGUCACCUUCAGAGAUAAAUUUUGUGCCACUGAAGCAGGCGAAAAGUUUCAGAGCUGACGAGCUAAUGGAAUUUUACAAAUCAGAUAUGAAACUGAAGAAAUUCUUGCAUAUAAUCGAGAAUUCCCCUGUAUACCCGGUCAUAUAUGACAGCAACAGAACUGUUUUGUCUUUACCCCCGAUUAUUAAUGGUGCACAUUCAGCAAUCACUCUAAAGACAAAGAACGUGUUCAUUGAAUGCACAGCCACUGAUUUGACUAAGGCUAAAAUUGUUUUGAACACCAUGGUAACAAUGUUUUCAGUAUACUGCAGAAGAAAAUUCGAGGUUGAACCAGUUGAAGUGGUGUAUGCCAAUGACAAGAGUUAUAUCUAUCCUGAUUUGUCAGUCUUCCAUAUGGAUGUUCCUUUGUCCUACAUUACUCAUUCAAUUGGUGUGGCAUUGGAGGCAAAUGAGGUCACUAGUUCAUUGAAUAAAAUGCAAUUGCAUGCCGAGAAGUCCAUAUCAAGAGAUGGACAUUGCAAUAUCAUUGUAUCUGUACCUCCAACAAGAAGUGAUGUUCUUCAUGCUUGUGACGUGAUGGAGGAUGUGGCCAUUGCUUAUGGAUUCAAUAGAGUUCCAAAAACAAAGCCAGCAUCCUUGACACUGGGCAGGCAGCAACCGUUGAACCAAAUCAGUGAUCUCAUUAGAAUGGAGGUUGCCAUGACUGGGUUUACUGAGGUGCUCACAUGGAUUUUGUGCUCGUACAAAGAAAAUUUCUCAAUGUUAAACCGGACUGAUGACAAGAAAACGGCAGUCAUUAUUGGGAAUCCUCGAUCAUCUGAUUUCGAGGUAGUUCGAUCUAGUAUCAUGCCAGGCAUUUUGAAAACAGUGGGACACAAUAAGGACCAUCCAAAACCUUUGAAGAUAUUUGAAGUGGGUGAUGUAGUGGUGUUGGAUGAAAAUAAAGAUGUUGGUGCAACAAAUCGUCGCCAACUUGCAGCAUUGUACUGCAAUUCUAAGUCUGGAUUUGAGGUAAUUCAUGGGUUGGUGGACAGAAUCAUGGAAGUUGUGGGAAUACCUUUUGUUCCAGUUGGAGACAGUACGGGUUAUUAUAUAAGGCCAUCACACGAACCUGAGUUUUUUCCGGGUAGACAAGCUAGCAUCAUUUUCAAAGGAAAGCAGAUUGGCACCUUCGGCAUUGUUCACCCAGAGGUCUUGACUAAAUUUGAUAUUCCUGAUCCAUGCUCCUUUGUCGAACUUAGCAUUGAAGCCUUCUUGUAGAGUUCCUUCUGGCCACUCAGAUCACAGUUCGUUGGCAGGGAGCAGGCUGCCUCGGGAGUUUGGGGUGAUGAGAUUCUUAUAGACAAUAACUCGUUUUUGCCAGUUGCAGCUUACAGGGAUAAAAGAUCAUUUGUUAUUUAAAAGCAAGAAAACACUUGCGUAUGAUUCAGAGGUUUAAGAAAAAAAACAGAGAAGGAAAAAAAAACAAAAAACAAAGGGAUUCCAAUUUGGUGUAUUUAUUUAGAUUUCUCACUGUCAAUGAUGCUUUUGGAUGGGAAUAGGAAGUGAUUGACCUGUGAGGAUGUUGACACCCCUUUUAAUUAUCUAAAACUGUUGAGAUAGCUGAUGGACGU